CUUGAGGAGUCAACGAGGACCGAGGUAUAUGUACAUUGUACCUAGCGCAUGUAAGUAGUCAGUCUUCACCCUAUUCCAUCUGCGUUUGCUUUCUGCUUUGUUCGACUCCGUCGGCCAUUCGUCAGUGGUCACCCUUCCACCGGUUAAGAGGAAUUAAGUAAUUGGGUUAAUUGGGGUCACCCAACUUUCGAUCUCUCUGAUUAUCUGCGAGUCUCUCGCUGUCUCUCGGGACCUGGUUCCUGUGACCCUCUCUGUAUGUGGGGCUUACUCGACUCUGAAAAUCCACUUGUGCAGCUUGCGGCGCAACUUGUGUUGAGCUUUGUCCUAAACUCCACAUCAGUCGAGCGCCUGUUUCCCUCAAUGGGCAACACAAAAUCAAAAAUUGUUCGGUCAGAGGCGUCCUCCAAGAUCGUGCAGAGCAGCAGAAAAUUCACUUCACAGCCCCCCCCUUCACGGCCAUCAAACUCAAUAGCUGGACCAUCGCGGGUGGCUCCGGCGCUCAGCCUGAGCUCGUCUUCGUCAUCCGACGAAAUAAUGAACAACGAUUACGGUCACGAUGCAGACGCAUGGUCAUCACUCUAUGAUACAAAAUCAAAAGUUGCUCGGUCAGAGGCGUCCUCCAAGGUCGUGCAGAGCAGCAGAAAAUUCACUUCACAGCUUCCCCCUUCACGGCGAUCAAACGCAAUAGCUGGACCAUCGCGGUUCGCUCCGGCGCUCAGCCUGAGCUCGUCCUCGUCAUCCGACAAAAUAAUGAACAACGAUUGCGGUCACGAUGCAGACGCAUGGUCAUCACUCUAUGAUACAGACGUCGGAUAUGGGUGGGGGUCUGACAGCCCGAGUUUAGCUGUGGCCCUCGAGUUGCAGCAAUAUUUCAACAUGGAAGAUUUGCAACUUCGAGAACAGAUGCAAACUCUGGCUGCCUCACUCCCACGCAGAUUUUGUUGCGCAAUAUGCAUGGAAGAACAACUUGUGGACUAUAUUGUGGAUCUUGAAUGUAAUCACUCGAUAUGCAGAACUUGUAUCCGAGGACAUAUUUUCUCCAAGAUCGAAGAACAUUGUUUUCCAGUCCUGUGUCCCGUUUGCAUGACAGAAAAGACUAACCGUCAACCUGCAGCGAUCUCGGGACUCCUUGUGCAGCAAAUUGGUGUCGAUGAACGGCAAUAUGCGAUUUGGGAAGAAAUGGAACUAAGUCAGCUUUCAGUUCUCCUUCACUGCCGCAAAUGUCAGCGUUCGGUGCUGGUAGACAAACAGGAGCAUGACGAAUCUCGCGUGCUAGAUUGUCCUCUACCCGAUUGUGACCAUAUGUGGUGCAAAGCAUGCCAGAUAGCUCUUAUAAUUGACGGUCCUCCCCAUUCUUGUGACGGAACCUCGGAACUGGACAAAUUAAUGAAGCAGCGUGGGUGGAGGUAUUGCCCGAACUGCAAAACCCCGGUCCAGAGAGACGGGGGAUGCACUCAUAUGACCUGCAUCUCCCCGGCCUGCAACACUCACUUUUGCUACACUUGUGGGGAAAAUAUUGUUCGCAGCGCCCUGACAAGCGACAUUCAGACUGCGGUCACUGCUCACUAUCGUGUUUGCAAACUGUUUGAUUCUCCCGAGGAGUGA